UUAAGUGCAGUUGACAGCAGAGCUGGCGGGAGGGAGAGGGACAGAUGGAUGGAUCGAAAGAGGAGAGGAGAGAAGAGCAGUCAUGCCGGUGCUAAACAUACAGAAUGAGGAGCUUUAUGAUCAAUAUGCUGCAGACGCAUUUCUAGCUGUUGGUUCCUCUUCUCCUCAUAAUGGCUCUAACAGCCUCUCUAAAGUCCUCAGCGCUGACCGGGUGGAGCAGAUGACCAAGACCUACAGUGCCAUUGACGUGGUCACACACCUCUUGGCUGAAAGGGACCGCGACCUGGAAUUGGCCGCUCGGAUCGGUCAGUCUCUCCUGCAGAGGAACCACGUGCUGCAGGAGCGAAACGAAUCUCUGGAGGAGCAGCUAGCGCAGGCCAUAGACCAGGUUCAUCAGCUUCAGCAUGAGUUGGCGAAGAAGGAUGAACUCCUCCGUAUGGUGGCGAGCACCAGCGAGGAGAGCGAGACCGACUCCAGCUGCUCCACGCCGCUACGUCAUCCCGCAGGGGCCGCUCUCGCCCUCAGCCAGCUGGAGGCCCUGCAGUCCAAACUCCUGGAGCUGGAGGAGGAGAACCUGUCCCUGAGAUCAGAGGCCUGUCACCUGAAGACGGAGACCAUUACUUAUGAGGAGAAAGAACAGCAGCUGGUGAACGACUGCGUUAAAGAGCUACGAGAGUCAAACAGUCAGAUGGUGUCACUGGCGGAUGAGCUCUCCCAGAAGAACGAGGAGUUAAUGAGACAUCAGGAGGAGAUUACACAUCUCCUCUCACAGAUCGUAGAGCUCCAGCAACGAGUCAAAGAGUUGGCACUAGAGAAAGAAGAGCUGAGAAUUCACCUGCAAGCCUCAAAGGAAGCACAACGGCAGCUCACAGCAGAGGCUGGUGUCAAUCAGUCGGUGAUGAGAGCGGCUGCCGCAGUGCCUCCGAUCCCUGGCUCCGCCCGCAGCGGCGUGGUCAUGACCCCAGUGCCCUAUCAAUCACACACACCCAACACAGAGGAACGUGGACACCACGUGGACACCACCAAAGAGAACUCUCGUCUGGGUCAGCCUGGCUCUCUCGGAGGAAAUGACCUUACGUCAGCCCUAAACUGCCUCUCCCUGCGGAGGCAGAACUUCUUGUGCGAGCGACAGUUCUUCCAGGUUGAGAGAGAGCGGAAGCUGCAGGAGCUGGCGGCUGCGGAGUCAGAAGGGGGCGGGAGCAGCUGCAGUUCACCAAUGGGAAGCACCGUCUCGUCUUUCACCAACCUAUCCGAGUUCUCCAUCUCCUCCAGCUGUUUCAAGACAUUUCUGCCUGAAAAACUGCAAAUUGUUAAACCAAUGGAAGGUUCUCUGACUCUUCAUCACUGGCAGCAGCUCGCUAAACCUCACCUGGCCACCAUUCUAGACCCCCAUCCGGGCGUAGUUACCAAAGGCUUCCGCCCUCUCCCUCAGGACAAUGUUUACCACCUGAAUGACCUCGAAGAGGACGAAGACCAGGAGAAACUACCAUGGGAACAAAAGAGAAAAGAGGAGGAGCCACAGGAUGCAAAGAUAAAAGAGGAGGAGGAGGAGGAAGGAAUCACGUUUAAUGUGCGCUCAUCGUCAACUCCGGAAGAGAAGAGAGAGAGGAGGUGUGUCCAAAGUCCAGCUAAUGUCCAGCUCCUUCCUGCAUCCCUCAGGAAUUCCCCUGUGCCCAUAGCAACGGCUGGUUCCUUAGCAACAGCAGUUAACCUGACAGCCAGCGCUGCUCCUGCAGUUAGUUCUGGAAUCUCAGGAUCAGCGGCUCCACAGUUUGAGCUGAAUCUCGGAUCUAAAGCAGCUAUAAAUCCUGGGAAAUAUCAGAGCUCCACUUUUUCCACAUACACCUUCACUACCUGCCGGAUCCUGCAUCCCAGUGACAGCACACAGGUGACAGCCAGCUCUGCCUGCAGUCCUUCUGUGAGUGAUUACACCCCAAGUUCUCUUCGGACCGGUCCCAGCACUCCAGUCACACCCUGUAGGUUGAGUCUGGGCGAUUCUUUCCCCAUUCGCCGCCCUGCAGCGCCCCCUAGUGGUCUCGCCAAGCUCCUGCUGGAGAAAGGCAUCUCUGCUCAGGGUCCCGCCGCUAUGGCGGCACCCAAAAAGCCUCUUUCUCUACGUCUUCGCAGCACUCCUCCAAACUCCCCAUGCCCCUCCCCUGUGCCCUUCGACUCCCGAUCCACCUCUUCGGACAACUUCUUGGCAUCCCGUCCCGCUGAGCUCUUCCUGCAAGACGUUUACGGGCUGAAACUUGGCCGUGCCCCACGACCGGAUCUCCUCAGCCCUGAACGAUCCCCUCAUGGGCAAUCGACCAAACCCGACUGCCACGCCGUCAACCUCAUGAAGCAUCUCCGCAAACUAGGCUUGGAUAAAAAAGUCCUCCAAGGGUCAGACGCCGAAGGCGCACAUCCACAGGAAUCUGCCACCUUCCUAGCAACAGGAGGCGGCAGCUUACUGGAUGGGCUUCGGCGAAAUCAAAGUCUGCCUGCUAUGGUUGGCCGCCGUAGCGCAUCUGUCUCCAGUCCGUCCUUUCCUGUCCCGCCCCCUCACCCUACUUCCCUGGCCCUUCCCACUCCACCAUGGAGGAAUCUAAACGAACCGCGCCGCACACGUAGACACGCCUCCCUUUCUCAGGCCCCGCCCCACUUGCAUAAUUCAUAAGAAUGUGGGCGUGGUCUCUGACCAACAGGAGUGACUUUAUAUCUAUCCCUCAUAUCCUUGAUUAAACCAUCUGUUCCUUGGAAAAAGAGGCUGAAAGACAUUUAAGGUUGUUUUUAAAGCACAAAAAUGAAGUUAAAGUGUCUUGUUGCCAUGUUUAUGUAAAAAUGAAGAUUUUAAAGGCCUUGAAGCACUCAAGAGGAAACAUAGAUUUCUAAUCCCAUUUUUCCCGGUCUAAAUCUCUUUUUUCCUUUAUUGUUCAUUUAUGUCCCUUUAUCCUUUAUUUAGUUUCCUUAACAAGUCAUGGCACUUAUUUUCCGUCCAUUAACACGUGAGGCUGUGGAGCUGUGAAGUGGUGGAUAGAUCAGGAAAAUGUAUGUGCAGAAGGAUGUUGAAUCGAUGGAAGGAAGUUAAAGGAAUGCUAUAAAGGACUGGAAAUAUGAGGGUUUCUGUAGGUUUAAUGUGAAUAAUUACUGUCACUUUGAUUCAUCCUAGUGAAUCAUAUGAACAAGAUUGAGGUGAUGAACACGAAGGAGAAUGGAAUAUGGCAAGUGAAAUGGAUGGUCGCAUCUCCACAGCUUCAUUUUAGGGGUUUGUCUUGAUUCACUCAGCAGUUCCUGAAAGUUUCUCUGUGUAGUUGUUCAGUCCGUCCUGCAUUAUACAUAGCUAAAGCCUUUUAGACAUUUAGUAGAACAUCUACCUGCCCAUAUUGUCUAUUUUUGCAUCAUUACAGGUACAGAUGAAAGGUCUAAGCAAGCAUUUGUGUCCCUCAGCAUGCUGGUGUAUCUGGACAGAAGCUCCUCUUAUUUCUUUGCACUGAAUCAACUGGUUAUUGGGAAGUUUUGUCACAAAAGUGCAGAUCUGGAGUGCUCAGGAUAUAUUUGGGUUUGUAAAGGCACAUGUUCUGAAUACAUGUAACCUUGUUGAAAUCAUAUUCAGGGACUGUGUAUUUAAGGGAAAUGAGUGAUUUGUUCACAUGUACACUCAAAAGGCAUCACUGCAGAUUGUACUUUAAGUUUAGCUUAAGAGGAUUCUGCAACUGAAACCUGAAGAGAAGGGAGUUUGCAUUUACCCCUCUUAAAUAUAAAGCAUAGAAAUUGUAUUUUAGUGAAUACAGAAACCUUUCUAAAGUACACCUAAAGAUGGUCAACCAUUAUAUUACAUGGUCUUGACACUUUGACCCCUGAAUGAAUUCCUUAAAGACACCGAAUGUGCUUCCUUGUCAUCUUCACUUAUUUCCCUUCUUUCCUCAUUUUAUGCACUUUUCAUUUUUAACCCACUAGAAUUGUGUUUUUAGUAAAUAGGCAUUACGUGUGUUAUCUAGCAAUAAGGUAAGAAUAGAGUAUGUUAAUACAUUUAACCUGAGAUAGCUAAUAUUAUUUACUAACCUUUCAGCUAAGAGUGGGAUUUUAAUAUAUUUCAUGUUUUUGGUGGAGUUUGAGAAGGGACUCUAGUUUCAAAGACCUUUUUGGGUUUAAACUAAAAUGAUUCGUCUUUUUGCCUGAAUUGUCAUUUUCUAAGCCAAAACGUAUGUGGAUGUGUUUGUUUUUGUGGUAAACUGACCUUUUGUGCUUUGUAGUAAAUGACAUGAUGACAGCACAACCAUCAGUUUGGUUCAGAAACGGUUACAGGAGUGACAUUUAGUGAGCUUUUGUCAACUAUGCCAAGAACACAAACAAAUCUAAAUGUGAUUUAAACUAAACUCGGUCAAAUCAACCUCUUCAGAACAAUACCAGCAUGCUUGCUGCAUUUAUACAUCACUAGCUUUCUCUCUGUUCCCAGCUGAAGUGUACUAAACGCAUGACUUGAUUUCUGUAUCAAAGUGUCCUUAUUUACAUCCUGCUGUUGAUGUCAUCAAGCUCUCUGCUGCCAUUGAGGUCAAAGGUCAAUGCUUGAAGAUGAUGCCACAAGCUGUGACAUCAAGCACCAUGUGAUUUCUUUUGUGCUGUUGACAUGGUGUGUUUUCCUGUGUUUAGCUGUCAGAACCCUGUGUCAGCUGUGUAUUGUUGGAUUUUUUUAUAAUAAAACAUGCAAAUUCAACUUCGGUGUCCCUGGCAUUUCAUCCUGAGGAGUUUGAUAACUAUACACAGGAGCUCAAAUGUGCUUUGUAUUCAGUUCAAGUGUACAAACAUUUUUGGUAUAUUAUACUGACUGU